AUGGACGGCGCCAACGUCACGGCCGCAGUGUACGAGCACAACGAGACAGUGGUGUCGUGGCCGAAGAACGCGACGACCGCCGCCGGGCCGUCAUCAACGUACACGGCGCUGGAAGCGUUCACCAUCGGCUCCGUGCUGUUCCUGGUCAUCGUGGUGACGAUCGUCGGCAACGUGCUCGUCUGCAUCGCCGUGUGUCUGGUCCGCAAGCUUCGGCGCCCGUGUAACUAUCUGCUCGUGUCGCUGGCCGUUUCCGACCUUUGCGUGGCCCUGCUCGUCAUGCCCAUGGCCCUGCUCUACCUGGUCCUUGGAAAAUGGCCGUUUGGCACGUUCAUGUGCGACCUCUGGGUGUCAUUCGACGUACUGUCUUGUACCGCGUCCAUAUUGAACCUAUGCAUGAUCAGCGUGGACAGGUACUACGCCAUCACCAAGCCGCUAGAGUACGGCGUGAAGCGGACCCCUAGACGGAUGCUGGUUUGUGUGUCGCUAGUGUGGCUAGGCGCGGCGUGUAUUAGCUUGCCGCCGGUGCUCAUACUGGGCAAUGAGCACUCGACGGUGGACGGGGUACCGCACUGCACCGUGUGCCAGAACUUCGGUUACCAGAUAUACGCGACGCUAGGGUCGUUCUACAUACCACUGACAGUCAUGAUCACGGUGUAUUACAAGAUCUUCCGGGCCGCCCGCAAGAUCGUGCUGGAGGAACGGCGGGCGCAGAGCCACCUAGAGAACAGCCACUGUUACCUGGAGAUUAGCGUCAAGAAUGGCGUUGGCCCGGUCGAGUCGAAAAUCGCUGCCGCCGCGCCGGAACGUGGCCAACACGGUCACCGGGCCAGCAGCAGCGCCAGCACCGUCACCACGGUAAGUGUUUGCAAAAUGAUUCCAUCGUUGUUAUUUAUUAUUAAUGUAGUUGUUGUUGUUGCAAACCAUCACGACCUAAGUUUUUAG